AAUCCGCUCAGUCGGCCAUGUCCGCACAGGGAGCGCUUUCUUCUCCAUUUCCACUCUCUUUUCUUACGCUCUACUUUUCCCUUUCUUCCUUCGGCCGAUCACCUACUGUUCCUGACCCAUCGAACCAACUCAAAAACCAGCCCAAAAGUCUUUGCUUCUAAGUUUCUUCAGCCCCAUUCCAUUUGAGCUCUCCAAAUGGGGCUUUGAUUCGUUAUCUGAAUACCCAGUAAGGAUUUUCUCUGUUUCCUCCCUUUUGUUGGGUUUCUUUGUUCUUUCUCUUAUGAGCUCUGUGGAGCUCACAGUCGGAGUGUUUUCUGGCACUUGCUCUGUAAUUUACUUCGAUUGAUUUAGAUCUGAAUUUGUUGGAACAACGCGCCGUUGUUGGUGUUUUUACAUUGAGGAAAUCUAGCUGUUAUUUGUUCUUUGAUUAAUUGGGUAAUUCGACUUAAUUGCAUUUACUUCGUUGCCGUUUUGUUCUUCCUACAUUUCAAUCUUGAGUUACUUCUCUUUAAUUUACCCCAUCGGUUUGGGACAGAUCGCUGUUUCUAUGAAAUGGGUUUCACUUUUGAGCUUGUGAUGGUUGUUUCUGAGCAAUGAUUUUCUUUAUUUCCUCUUCUUCUAAGGCCAUUGGAGGUUUUGGCAGAGCAGUGAGUGAUAGAACUUGUAAUUUUGUGAGAUAUCAAUCUGUGGUUAAUAGCAUUAUCCGGAAUGAUUGGGCGUAAAGCCAAUGUGGGUAGCUUUUUAAAUCAGCAAUGGAUGAGGAAGAACAUGAAUUCUCGUGAUAGAAAAUGGAUUGUCCCAUUCUUUGCCAGUCUGCUCAUUUCAGUUUCCCUGCUUCUAACAGCUACUUUUGGGCUGUUUAUUCCUUCACAAAGUGAUAAUCAAUUGCCAUUUUAUGCUAUACCUUUCCCAAAAGAGGAGGAUUCUAGUGGGUAUUUCAUUGAGCCUGAACUAAAAAGAUCAUUGGAAGAAGCUAGUGGUGUUCUGAAAAUGGAACCUCCAAGAUUGGCCUAUCUAAUUUCAGGUACAAAGGGGGAUAGCCGCAGAAUGAUGAGGACAUUGCAGGCUGUAUAUCACCCAAGGAAUCAAUAUGUUCUGCACAUGGAUCUCGAGGCUCCGCCUCGUGAAAGAUUGGAGCUGACUAAUCUUGUAAAGGCUGAUUCAACGUUCAAUGAGGUCGAGAAUGUGCGUGUAAUGGCUCAGUCCAAUUUGGUUACUUAUAAAGGACCUACGAUGAUUGCUUGCACGCUUCAAGCGAUAGCGAUUUUGUUGAGAGAGAGUUUGGAUUGGGACUGGCUUAUAAACUUAAGUGCCUCAGAUUAUCCAUUGAUGACACAAGAUGAUUUGCUUUAUGUGUUCUCCAACUUGACUAGAAAUUUCAAUUUUAUUGAGCAUUCACAGAUUGCGGGGUGGAAAUUGAGUCAUCGAGCGAAACCGAUCAUCGUUGAUCCAGGUCUUUACUUGUCCAGAAAAUCGGAACUUUCUUGGACGACUCAAAGACGCUCGCUUCCGACAUCAUUCAAGUUGUUUACAGGUUCGGCAUGGGUAAUGUUAACACGAUCGUUCGUCGAGUAUUGCAUUUGGGGAUGGGAUAAUCUCCCACGAACCAUCCUCAUGUAUUACACGAAUUUUCUGUCGUCGCCAGAGGGCUAUUUUCACACGGUAAUCUGCAACAAUGAAGAAUUUCGCCGCACCACAGUAAGUCACGACCUCCAUUACAUUGCUUGGGACAAUCCUCCAAAGCAGCAUCCACUGUCUUUGACAAUGAAGGACUUCAAUAAAAUGGUGAACAGCAAUGCUCCGUUUGCUCGGAAGUUUGCCAAGGAUGAUCCAGUGUUGGACAAGAUAGAUAAAGAGCUGCUUGCUCGAACAAAAAACAGAUUUUCACCAGGGGCUUGGUGUAUUGGGAGCUCGGAAGGAGGAGCUGACCCGUGCUCGGUGCGUGGAAACGAUUCGGUGUUCAGGGCAGGCCCUGGUGCUGGCAGGUUGCAAGAGCUCGUUCACUCACUGUUGUCUGAAGAAAUUUUGAAAAAACAGUGUACAUGAGAAAUAGGUAAACUAAAAGUUCACAGUUUUACAUCUAAACCAAGUGUAUAUUAAAUAUGACAAAUUUUUGUUC